UGUGUGAUUUUAUGCUUGCUUUUUACAAAACAUCGUCGUCGUCUGACUGCUUCUUUACUUCACACACAAAAAGAACAUAGUUAGAAAACAUUUUUGUGCUCUUCUUCCCGAGUCAGAUACUCGUACUCAGAAUGGAUAUCAAAAUAUUGGAUGCAAGAAGCAGCAAAGAGCUUCUGACACUGACAGGGCUUGGCAAAGCAACAACCAUUGCUGACGUUAAAACCCAGUUUCAUCUCAAAAAGAGAAAUCUGUAUCCUGACAGACAGUCAUAUCGUGCAGCUUCAAAGGGGAAGUCCCUAAAGGAUGAAAGCACUCUGGAAUCCUUGGAGUUGGGUAAUAAUGGAAAACUCUACUUCAAAGACUUGGGCCCUCAAGUUGGUUGGAGCACGGUGUUUCUCACUGAGUAUGCAGGUCCGUUAUUCAUUUACCUACUGUUCUACAUGAGGCCUGCAAUCAUUUAUGGAGCUGAGAAUGUUGACAAACCGAGGUCUAUGGUGGUUCAGAUUGCCGCUGCUUGUUGGUCUCUUCAUUAUGCAAAGAGACUCUUAGAGACCGUCUUUGUCCAUCGAUUCUCCCAUGCAACUAUGCCAAUCCUCAACAUCUUCAAGAAUAGUAUUUACUACUGGGGAUUUGCUGCAUUUGUUGCUUACUUCGUUAAUCAUCCUCUGUACACGCCGCCAGCUGGUGGAGAUAUUCAGGUGUAUGGUGGUCUUGCUUCCUUCCUGCUUUGUGAGUACGGAAACCUCUGCAUCCAUGUGGCGUUCCGUAAUAUGCGCCCAGCAGGAACCAAGGAGCGUCGUAUCCCACAGCCCACCGGUAACCCAAUGACGAUGCUCUUUAGUAUGGUUAGCUGCCCUAACUAUACCUACGAGGCUGGCGCUUGGAUUAGCUUCAGUAUCAUGACCCAAUGUCUGCCAGCACUCUUAUUCACCAUCGCUGGAUUCUACCAGAUGUCCAUUUGGGCUCUCGGAAAACAUCGUAACUACAAGAAGGAGUUUGCAUCUUACCCACGAGGGCGCAAGUCAAUCGUUCCUUUCCUACUCUAACUCUUCCUCUCCUAAACGUCUCCAUCCUGGGUCGAUCAAAAUCAAUAAUGUUAUUAUUUUUAACUUUUCAAAAUGGUUCUUAUAUAAUUAUGAUACAAAUAGCCCAUUGUUGAAUGAUUUGAAUCAUGAUUUUAUAAAACUGUUAAGCAGAAAAAAGGCUUGACAAAUUUUUUUCCUAAGCAAAUAUUAAGUGGGGCACAAGACACAACAAUGCAAGCUCAAUGUAUUAUUGGUUGGUAACCUGUUUCUGCUAAGCAAUACUAUUCUUUGCUUAGCAAGUUUUCGUGCUUACAGGGUUCAUGAAAUUUUGCCCUGAUGUAUGUCAGGUCUGAUCUGAAAGUUUUGACGAAUAAUACAUUGAAUGUUGAAUACUAUUUGCAGUUUCUAAGUUGUUUGAAGCAAUUAUGAUAUUGAUUGUAUACAAAUAUGAUUUGACAAAAGUGCAUAUAGAUCCUUCUUCACUGCUGAAACUUGCUAAGCACAGAAAAAUCAUGCUUAGCAGAAACAGGUUAUCAGCUAUAAUACCAAAAAGUUCACAAGUGGCGUUGCAUCCUGCGCAUUUGUUUAGUAGCAAAAUAAUUUGGUAAGCAGUAUUUCCUGCUAAGCAGCAUUACGAAAGUGUGCCGUGCUGUACAGGCUUUGUACGCACAGAAUUAGUGUUCAAUUUGUAUCCCACGUCAAGAAAAUGUUUUGUACAGUUCAAAAUUAUUCCAGUAUUGUGACAAAUUAAAUCUUAUUGGAAAUUGUUUGAUACAUAGUUACUGUUUUAGGGGCCAAUGGUUUAAAUUUUUGAUAGAUGUUCAAUUUGCACCUGGGAUUAGGAAUAAUAUUAUAUGUUACCAUUUACAGACGUGUAUAAGCACUGUAUUCUCAGUACUUUCCCCAUUCCUGUGAUAAAAAUCGACAGGCAUAAUUUUAGGGUGGAAUUCAAACCCACAAACCUUUUAAUUCUAGGGCAGGGACGUUGUGCUACUAUUAUUUAGAAUUAUGUGAUUUAUACAUUUUCUAUUGGAAUCUAAAGGGUUUGGAAUAAAAAGUGCAAGCCAGAAACUUAAGACAGGACAAGUCAGGUCGUCUUUCUCAAUUCAACAUCUUUGUCUCACAAGAAUGAUGUUCAAAUGUUGAGUUUGAGUCUCACAAAAUAACUUUCAAUCAAGCUGAGUAUCACCCAAAACAGAAGAGAUAAAUCCUCUCUUAGUGUUCUUUCAAAUAAAACUGUUAAGAUGAUAAAACUGUG